AUGGUAGACACUGUCCUUCGCCCCCACCUGUCAGAGCGGUUUGAUGCUGACGUUGAAGACCGAGGAUUCACAGGGAACGAGACAAUGGAGGGGGUGAGGGUCUCCUUGACGGCCCGCAUGGUUCUGGACAGUCAUCUGACCACUGUGUUCCUCCCCAUUGUCUACAUAGUGGUGUUUGCUGUGGGGCUGCCCACCAACACCAUGGCCAUCUGGGUCUUCCUGUUCAGGACCAAGAAGAAGCACCCUGCCGCCAUCUACAUGGCCAACCUGGCGCUGUCCGACCUGCUGUUUGUCAUCUGGACGCCCCUGAAGAUCGCCUACCACUUCAACGGCAACGACUGGAUCUAUGGAGAGAGGCUGUGUAAAGUGCUGGUGGGCUUCUUCUAUGGGAACAUGUACUGCUCCAUCCUCUUCAUCACCUGUAUCAGUGUCCAGCGCUACUGGGCCAUCGUUCACCCCCUCUCCCAGAAAUGUAGGGACAACCAGGUAGCCAUUGGUGUCUCGGUCGCAGUCUGGGUGGGGGUCUGGCUGCUGACCACCCCUCUCUACCUCUACGACCAGACAGUCAAGGUGACCAACCUCAACAUCACCACCUGCCACGAUGUCAUCCGGCCCAGCCAGAAUAGCAUGGCCGUCGGCUACUUCCUGACCAUGGGAACCCUGGGAUUUGUAGUUCCCACUGUGGUGUGCGUGGUGGCCUACGUUCUGAUGCUCAAGUCGCUGAGGCACUCCAUGACGAACGCCAGCAUCACCAAGAAUCGGCACAAGGCUGUGGUGCUCAUCAUCACUGUGCUGGUCAUGUUCCUGGUCUGUUUCACCCCCAGUAACAUCAUGCUGCUUGUGCACUACUCCCUCCUGCUGGCCGGAGUAGUGAACAAUGGCUAUGGCUUUUACAUCACCACCCUGUGUCUGGCCAGCCUCAACAGCUGUGUGGAUCCCUUCAUCUACUACUUCAUCUCAGAGGAGUUCAGGGAGCAUGUAAAGAACAUGCUGAGGUGCCGCAGCGAGAGGACAGUGGCGAGGAUGAGGGUCUCGUUCAGCGCUCUAAAGUACUCCAAGAAGAAAAGCACCUACACCUCAGACUCAGGGAACACACAGAGCAGCUCCGGUUAG